AUGGGCGGAGACUAUGCUGUGAAAUUCGACACGGAGCUGGCGAAAGAUGGCAAAGUGAAACCAGAAGAGCUGUUGGAAUCGUCGCCGGAUUUCGACGACUUGUUUAUUCAAUCAUGGCCAUGGCCGGUGAAUGGUCUGAUCCAUAAUGAUUUUGUCUCAUGGGAAAAUGAAAUGGAGAAGCAACAUGCGGAGACAUGGAAGAAGGUCAGGAUUUACAAUCUGAUGAAAUUCUGUAAGAUGGGAUUGUAUGAUAACAAGGUGCUUCUGGGCGUAACAUCUCGAUUCUGGAGGGGUUCUAGCAAUACCUUCUGUUUGCCAUGGGGAAUGAUAACUCUGAUGCUAUUGGAUGUGGCCGUAAUAACUGGGUUGCCGAUGAUAGCGGAGGUAACAGAAGAUGUUGAUUUGGAAGGACGUAUGGCAGCUGCUAUCGGAGAGAAUCAGCAAAGAGGGCACGGAGGGUACAUACAGGACAAUUGCAACAAAGAUCCGACUGACCUAGUGCAACACAUCAGAUUCCUAGCCUUGUGGCUGAAUUGGUACAUCAUCUGUGAUGUAGCUGGGGGAAUCACCAAAUGCAUGGAGCAAAUCAUCAAUACCUUGCUGCCUGGAGUAUUGAAAGAAGUGGCUCCACUGGAUGCAGAAAUCCCAAAAGUUACAGUGCAAGAUGAGCAAGCACCACCAGGUGAUCAAGCUCAAGGACAAGUUGACGUUCAACCGAGUAAUCAAGUUCGAGCUCAAAAGGUGAUUCAAGAUCCAUUAGCCAAUAUUGGAGGUCCUAUGACGAGGUCUCAAAGGAAGAAAAUGAAUGAAUCGCUCAACAACUUGUUCAUGGAUGUUCAAGCUCUCAAUGUGGAUUCAGUUCCAUGGGAUGUAUACUUGGGUAUGAAUUGUGCAUUAUGCCUAGCACGGAAGCAGACAAUGACAGUCAAUCUGUUAGAAGAAGAUUCAGAAGCAAGUGACACAAGGGUAACACAUGAGCAACCAGAAAAAGAAACAAACAGCAGUCCUUGGCAACGUGUGUCACCACAACCAUCAAGUCAAAAGGCAGCCAAGAAGAACAAUCUGUUUGGGAGGCACAAAGGAUAUUGCAAUGACUGUACAAAAUUGAAGCUGAAAAAGUUUCAGGCUAGGUACCGUCAGGAAUUAAAGAAGGCCUUAACCACCAUCAAGGGAAGUGAUCUGCCCGACACAGUGAAAGGCAUUGUUGGUCUAUUCUUGGCCAAUUUUGAACAAAGGAAGAUUAGCUGCAAAAUCUGUAUAAAACAUGUGCAUGACUAUAAUCAUGCAGCCAUGGCACAUCAAGAGGCAGAACUAAUGGCCAAAAUAUUGGUGGAACAGGCGGUAGAGGCUGCAAGAAAAACCCAAUCCAUGGCUGAAAAACAUGUGGCACUCGAGCAAGAACAUGCAACCACGUGCCAACAAAGGAUAAAAGCAGAUGAAAUUUAUUCAAAGACAGCGCAACAAAGUGCUGUGGCCUUGAAACUCCGUGACAGCAAGGCGGUAGAAGUGAUGAAAGAAAUAGUGCAUUAUGCAAAUGCACAACCAGUUAUUGCAAAAGCUGCCAAAAUGUGGGAUUUCCUGAAGGGUGUGUUGAAAGAUAUCCCUGUACCAACUGCAACACCUUCGACCAGUGUAGCUGGGUAUUGA